GGGUGUUGCGGAUUGGUCCCGGCUGGAGCUCCGCUGUGUGGAGCUCGCGCCGGGACCCGGAGCCGGCGGUCUGAGGGAUGGACGAAACGAGCCCACUAGUGUCCCCGGAGCGGGCCCAACCCCCGGACUACACCUUCCCGUCCGGCUCGGGCGCUCACUUUCCCCAGGUGCCGGGGGGCGCGGUCCGAGUGGCGGCGGCGGCCGGCCCGGCCCCCUCUCCUCCGGGCUCCCCAGGCCACGACCGGGAGCGGCAGCCACUGCUGGAUCGGGCUCGGGGCGCGGCGGCCCAGUGUCAGACUCAAACCGUGGUGGCGCAGGCCCAAGCCCUAGCCGCCCAGGCCGCGGCGGCGGCGCACGUCGCGCAGGCCCACCGCGAGCGGAACGAGUUUCCAGAGGACCCCGAGUUCGAGGCGGUGGUGCGGCAGGCCGAGCUGGCCAUCGAGCGGGGCUUCUUCCCGGAGCGUAUCUACCAGGGCUCCAGCGGAAGCUACUUCGUCAAGGACCCUCAGGGGAAGAUCAUUGCUGUCUUCAAACCCAAGAAUGAAGAACCAUAUGGGCACCUUAAUCCUAAGUGGACCAAGUGGCUGCAGAAGCUGUGCUGUCCUUGCUGCUUUGGCCGUGAUUGCCUUGUCCUCAACCAGGGCUAUCUUUCAGAGGCAGGGGCCAGCCUGGUGGACCAAAAACUGGAACUCAACAUUGUACCCCGUACAAAGGUAGUAUACCUGGCCAGUGACACCUUCAACUAUAGUGCCAUUGACCGAGUGAAGUCCAGGGGCAAGCGGCUUGCACUAGAGAAAGUGCCAAAAGUUGGGCAGCGCUUUAACCGCAUUGGGCUACCGCCUAAGGUUGGUUCAUUCCAGCUAUUUGUUGAAGGCUACAAGGAUGCAGAUUUCUGGCUUCGGCGUUUUGAAGCAGAACCUCUCCCUGAGAACACUAACCGGCAACUACUGCUGCAGUUUGAGCGGUUGGUGGUGCUGGAUUACAUCAUCCGCAACACUGAUCGAGGCAACGACAACUGGCUGAUUAAAUACGACUAUCCAAUGGAUAAUUCUAGCUCUCGGGACACAGACUGGGUGGUAGUAAAGGAGCCUGUUAUCAAGGUGGCUGCCAUAGAUAAUGGGCUGGCUUUUCCCCUGAAGCAUCCUGACUCCUGGAGGGCAUAUCCUUUUUACUGGGCCUGGUUGCCCCAGGCAAAAGUCCCAUUCUCUCAGGAGAUCAAAGAUCUGAUUCUUCCAAAGAUAUCUGACCCUAACUUCGUCAAGGACUUGGAGGAGGACCUAUAUGAACUCUUCAAGAAAGAUCCUGGUUUUGACAGAGGCCAGUUCCAUAAGCAGAUUGCUGUCAUGCGGGGACAGAUCCUAAAUCUGACUCAGGCCUUGAAAGACAACAAGAGUCCCCUGCACCUGGUCCAGAUGCCACCCGUGAUUGUCGAGACUGCCCGGUCCCACCAGCGGUCUUCUAGCGAGUCCUACACACAAAGCUUUCAGAGUCGGAAGCCCUUCUUUUCAUGGUGGUAGCCUGAGAGGCAGACAAAGGCGCAUUGUCUGAGACUUGGGCUGGGAGGAAGCCUGGGGAACAGGUUGCAGGAAAAGUCAGAGAAGCCAGUGGAGAACAGUGCCCUUGAGAACUCUCCCUCUCUGCUUGCCACCUGCCUCAGGGCUUUCCCAAGUACUGGGAGAAGCACAAUCAGAGGGACAGUGAGUGCUGGUGAGCCCUUCUGAGUUCUGGGGAGGGCUGGAGCUCCAUGCAAGGAAUCCAGAUGCCCAGGAAGAAAUGGCUUCCUUCCAGCGUCUCCUGGGGGCAGAUUGGGUAAUUGCCUUUUCUCCCUGACACCCUGCUCUCUUGCAGUUUCUCAUUAUAUUCUGCAUCAGAAACAAACAAAUAACAAAGACAGAUUUAAAUACUAUUAGGAAAACCCGGGCAGAAUCUCAGAUCCUCUUAUAUCAGAAACCUUGAAUCCAGACCUACGUUUGCAUGGACCCAGACAUUCCGGUGCCUAGCAGUUCCCCACUCCCAUGGACCAAGGCAGCUGGGUACUCACACUCCUGGGACAGACAGAAGCCACACCUUCCCUUUGGGUUUUUGCCAAGUCUUCCCCUUCUCCCACCAGUGCAAUAGACUGACGAAAAGCCUCCAGACCCAAUUUGCAUGGUGGGGGUACUUUAGCUCCAGACCUCCCAGCAGUUCUGUAUAUGACUCUGUAGAUCAGCUCUGCUCUCUGCCCUGCUAGGGACCCAACUUCUCUAGUGCAGACCUGCAGCUUGCCUCUCAUUCAGGCAAAGGCAGGAGGGAGGACGUAGACUCCCCAGCAUGCACAAGUGAUCCAUGUGGUCUGAGUGUACGCUGGGAGCUGUAAUUGGUCAGUGGGCAAACUUACCCCAGUCUUGCUUUCUGAGUCCACUAAUAUUGUUUCUGUUGUUUUAGAUAUUUUUUUCCUCAACUCUUGACUUAGGGGUCCAGUUCGGAUUGUGGAGUGGGUCUCAGCUCAUAAGAGAACAAUAUUAGAUCCUUGGACUUCUUUUUAUGCUACCAUUGCUGCUUGGUGGAGGUAAUAGGACUCGUAUUCUGCCUCCUAAUUGGUAGCUGCCCUUUGCUCCCUGACUUCUUGUUCUGGGCCAGUUUUUCUAUGGCUUAUUGAGAAAGGUGGGGCCUAAAGGAGAGAGGCCUUCAAACUGUUCCCCAGUGCCUGCCCAGCUCAGUGCAUCUUCCUGCUUCCAUUGUUUCUUUUCCCUCAACUGUCUCCCCUGCCAGGUGUCCGAGCCCUUUCUACACCAAAGCAAAGAAUGGCCUCAGGAGGGAGUAAAGAGGGUGCUAUCUGUGGCUAAGGCGCAGCCCUGUGCUACUGGAUACUUCAAGUGUCUGGCACCCAGCGAUUAGUCAAUCAGCCUUGGAAAGAAACUAUCUUGAAGGUUUGAAAAACAACCAAAGAAAGGGAGUAAGGACUAUGGCUGUGUGCCCUCUGCUUGCCCAGCCCCACCAUCUAGGAGGCAGAGCAGAGAUGUACAGCCCUCUUGUCAGCUAGGCCAGGCUGGUGUCCUUCCAUUCCAGCCCCCAGGAGCCAGCUUGUCCUGGGCUUUCACCCAGCUGACAAGAGCCUCUGGGAGCUGGAUAUGCAUGCACUGUGGAUAACAGCACAGCUCCUUCACCAGCCCCAGCCUUGACAAUCCUGGUCAGCCAACCUGGACACUAGCUUUGGGGACCAUGUUUGUGAGAAUGCCUGCCUUCAGAACGCAGGAGCAGCAGGGCUCCCAGAGGCUGGAAGGGGACCCAGGUGAGUUUAGCUUUCCAUAGACAUCUUUACAGAAACGUGCGAUAAAGCUCCACCUGAGUGUCAGGAGAGCCUGAGGAGUCUGAAGAGGGAGUCUGGUUGCUCCCCAAGCCAAGCUGACCAGCUCUGUGAGGAGAAGGAAAGCUGGGUCCAGCGUACGAGGGGCUGGUCACAUUUCUGGCAGGUGAAACAGUGGGGGGCAUCCUUUCCUGGCCUGUCUCCAUUCUGCCUGAAGCCUGUACUCAGGUUGCCUUGACUGUGGGCUUUGGGAGAGCCAGGGGCCCAGUGCCAAGGCAAGCUUAUGGGUGGCACUCAGAACCACCCAGCCCUCUGCCAGCCAUAGACCCUGACCCCCAAUGUCAGGGAGUGGAGGCUGGGCUAUGAGAGUCCUGCUGCCUCUGUAUUGUUCUUCUAAUGCACUGUAGAAAUUGUAUGUAAUGUAUUUAAAUCAAUGCAAAUGUAUGAAUAACAAGCCCAAUUCUGACCUUUU